UUUCGCGGUUUCUGUCAGUUCGGAAAAGGUUGCGGUUGUAAAUCGCGCAAACUUCGUACUUCUUCGGUCAGUGCGAGUACUACUGUCGCGUUAAUAGGUGCGUGACGUGCCUGGUAAACGAGGUGGCCGCGUUGCAACUUCUCCGAUCUGUUUUGUUUCCGUUUCAAGGUGCUGUUUUGUGAUCUCUGGACCAGGGUUUUGGAUUUUAGACCUUCGGAAUGGUACCUAGGGCGAUGGAGCCGACGGUCCUGGUUGUGUGGUAGACGAAGAAGCCGGAGAAAGUGGUUUAGAAAGGGACCACAUGAGAUCUAUGCCAGAAAACCAUUCGUGACCCCCCAAAAAUGUACGAAACGAUCCGCAAACGCAGAGUAGACGAAAUUCUUUGACAAUCUUCGAACCAAGUGCCUUCUUUGAAUAAAAUAUUAUCCAACACACGAAACUGUUUUUUUUUAAUCAAAAUGAAGAGUAUUAAAGCAAUAUUUCGCAGAGGACAGACGUCCACUAAGCUAGACGGACAGAUUCACACCCCAGAAGACUUAUCGAGGUCUUCUUCGGUGACAAACUUGAACGCGGUGGAACAGAACUCCCCGAAAAAGACUGGUACUACCAAACCAAGGAAGUCUUCAAGCAGAGACAGACUGGACAAGAUCGUCUCCGGCACAGGGACGACUGAGAGGAAGAAUGACAGAAAAGGACUAACCAAAAAUAACAACAAAUUCGAUACUGGCGACCAAUCCUUAACGCUGGACUCCCUCCAAGAGAUAGAAUCCUUGAAGACGCAGCUACAUCAGAUGGCGACCGAAAAAUCCAGCUUGGCCUUGAAGUUGGGAGAACAGAAAGGUCAAAUACAUUCGCUGCAACACCAAAUAGAAAACCUCAAAAUGUACCAGGAGCAGAGCAACCUCCAACUGGAGCAACUGACUGAAGAAAACACGGCUCUGAGGAACAGACUGAGGGAUGUUGCCCAUUCUCCUCUCUCAGACAAUGAAAAGCAGCAACUCUUAUACGAGUCUCACAGACACCACAAUUCCGCACCUGCUUCCAUAGCCACCAAUCCGAUGGAAGAUGGAACCUGCGGCGAUGUUACCGCUUGUCCAACCCCCGACUGGGACAAACAUUCGAGCAGCAAUGUCAGCGAAAUAUCAGUCGCUUGUUUGCAGGAUAAAAUCAACCAGAUGCAAGAGACGCAUUACAGCACCAACGAAGAGCUCCAAGCCACCCUCCAGGAACUGACAGAUCUCCAGAGACAACUCACGGAGCUCCAGCAAGAGAACGAGAGACUGGUGGAAGAGAAGAACCUGAUGUUCGACUCCCUCUGUCGUCAAACGGAGAGGCUGAAAGACACCAGGCACGAGGUGGAAUCCCUGAAGACCGUCCUGUAUCGGGAGAAGAACGAGCCUGGCAUCGAGACGGCUCAGGAACGCGAGGAGAAACUGGUGGAUCUCCUGAAAUCAGCGCAGGACGAGCACGAAUCCCUCAUAUCCAAGCACGAGCAACUCAGCGGGGAGCUCCAGGAGUUGAGGGAGGCCAACGACGCCCUCCACGAGCAGCUGAAAGUCGUCACUGAGAGAAAUGGCACCUUGGAAAGUACCCUGGAUGCGAAACAGGCCGAACAUAAGCUACUGGACCAAGAACUGACGCAGGCGAGGGAUCAGUGCAGCGGUAAUCAGAUAGAGAUCAACAGGCUGAAGGAUUUGCUAGAGAACGCAAGGACAAAGAUAAACGAACUGGAACAAGACAGAGCCCUUAGCGACAAAUCCGAAUUGGACGAGUUGUUGGACAACGCGAGGAAGGAAAAGGACGCUUUGGAGUCCGAAGUGGCCCACCUCAAAGAACAACUGGCCAGGAGCAAGAACGAGAUCGAAAAACUGAAGGAGCAAGUCUCGAUCCUCCAGGAAGAGUGCAAGGUCAUAAGAAACAACGCGAGGACCAUCCAGUCCGAUUUGGAGUACAAAUACGAGAAGUUGGCGUCGGAAAAAUCUGCCUUGACCGAGCAGCUACAUAAGUUUCAGGAUAUAAUCAAUGAGCUCCAGGUACAGGCCCAGUGUCAAGAAGAGGACAAGAGGAACCUUUCCGACGUAUUGGCGGAGACCCAGAGGAACCUCAGCGAGUCCGAGAGGAAGAUAGCUAUGUUGGAGAACGAAUUGGCUGACGUUAAGAAGUUGAGGAAGGAAGAGAAUGAAGAAUGGGAAAAGUUCCAGAACGACCUCCUGACCUCGGUGAGGGUGGCCAACGACUUCAAGACGGAGGCCCAGCAGGACCUCCAGAAGAUGAUCAUGGAGAACAAGGAGCAUAGGGACAAGGUCAGACUGCUCGAGGCUCAGUUGGACAAGUUGAAAGGUGAUCCAGCGAUGCCGGAAGAUAGGAGGAGUUCCCAACCGUACCGAAAACAGAACGCGUCCAGGAGGAUCUUCGGGAGUUUACCGAAUCUGCUGGAAACCCCCAACGAACAGACGGGGAAAUCGACCAAACGUCCGAAAUGGGCGAGGCAUCAGAAGCAGCUGUCGCAAGGGGAGGAGAAGAUCCUGGAAUCCCUGCAUAAGAUGUACCACGAGAUAGACCCGGAUAAACCGGACCACAUGUUGACCUCCGAACAGGCUGUCGUCAAAAAAUUGAAGAGUCUAUACGAAAACGACGGUACCAAGUACAAACCAGUGGCUCCCAGACGUAAACAAGAGCUCGCCAUCAGCAAACCGCUGCUAGAAUCGGUGUAUUCUAACCCUAAACUGGAAAGUAUCGCUAAGAACCCCGAUCUGAGGUGCUUGGAUACCGAUAGGUUCUCCUGGAUGGGCCACAGAAGAUUCUCGGAUGAUAAUUCGGAACCUAAACCCUCUGAUAACACCAAGGGUUUCGUGAGCUACCUACAAGACUCCCCCAGAACAUCCAACGUUGAAAAUCAACGUGUCUCCUCCAUGGAUGAACAUACAGACCAUCCCCUGAAGAGAUACAGCAGCAAAGAAGAUCUCACCGAGCUGGGAAACCCACCUGAUACCAAGGGUUCCCUCCAAGACCGCCCACCAAGAACGUCCAGCAUCAACCACCACCGCGUCUCUUCCCUGGACAACCCCAGGGAAUUCCCGUUGAGGAGAUACAGCAGCAAAGAGGACCUUACCGGUAUCGCCGAGCUGGAAGCCUUCAAACCACCCUCCAACAAGAGAUCAUCGCUGAAGAGCUUCCAUUCCGAUUCCAGCUCGAACGUGUCCCAGAGGAAAAGGGUCUCUUUCGACGACAAGAGGAAUUCCUGCGUGGUCAUCAAGGAAUUCUUGAGUUUCGAAUCUUUGGAGGACAUCUAUAAGGGUAUAGACCCCAAGGUACCGGAGGAACAGCUCACCAAAGAGCAGAGAUUCGCGGUGCGUUUGAAGACGUCCAUGGAGAACCUUGGCAGAAAACCUGAACUGAGGAAGAGACCUACGUUCAAAAGGAGCAAAGUUACCAUCAGUUCCCCUCUUAAAGCGUCUGUGUUGAAGAACACCAAGUUACUGUCCAUCAUCAAGGACCCGAUUGUGAGAACCGCCGGAGAAGAUGUAGAACAAGAGACUGUGGAACUGAGGAAAGUUCAUCGGAUGAAGAAGUAUCUGACUGACGUAAAUAGGGUGUUGAGGUAUCCUUCAAGGGUCUCUUCCAAGAAAGAUUCUAGGUUGAGUAAGAGUAUGGAAGACGUGCGUGACAGUCGGUACGUUUUCAAGAGGAUUUCUUCCUCCAUGGAGAAUCUACCAUCGGAGGGAGGGGUAGAACCAAAAAUCGAGAUCAAAGUGGUGACCAAAGUCCUUCCGGCCAUGUCUUUCGCUGCUUCUUUUAACGUAUCCUCGAGUUCGUCCAGCGUCGACAAUAGUGCUGAAGAUUUGGCUGGAAAUCGUGAAGAGGCUCAAGUGGUGUUCAUUGAACAUUUCGAAUCGGAAAAGAAAUCAAGUGGUUUGGACGUGGGGCACAUGGAGGAGGGUGUGAAAAUAGAAGAUAUAUCAGAAAACUUCAGGAGAAGUAGUGUGGGCGUAGAUGAUGAUGGAUACACUGGACGUAUAUCGUUUCCCGUUGAAGAAGAAGAAGACCAAAGAGAUAUUUGCAGGAUGAGACUGCUGUCGAUAAACUCUAUUGAGAUGGAAGAGGAAGAUGACGUUCUAGCAAGGUACAAACGGAUUUCAGAGUAUAAAGAAGAGGAUUCCAACGAAGAAAGCUACGAGGACACUCCGAACGAAGAAGAUAACCAAUCGUUCUACAGCGUCGAACUCAAAGUGGUCGCGGACGAAGCCAAGGACUCAAAUGUCGCAGAGCAAGAAGACUGGUUGACGAAAUACCUGGACCAGACUUGCGACGAGGAGGAGAUACAGGAGAAUAGGAAGAUGAGGGUGUUGUACAUGGACGUCGUGAAGGAAAUCAAACGGAAAUACAGCCAAGACCUGCAGCAGUCCUCCAGCGAGAGUAGCGACGAGGAAGACGUCCAUAUCUUCAACGCCAGAGAGGGAACCAUCGAGGUGAGACGUUCGAAAGACGAUGGGGGAAAUUUCUUCGAUAGGUUCUUCAAAACCAAGCUGUCGUUAGACAAGGAACCAGAUAAUGUUGGGGUUGAAGAGGACCUGAAAGAAAAUUUAAAAGAUUCGGAAAGAUUCCAUCCUACCAAGGAGGAAAUGGAGUACAUAAGAAGGGUGAGGGAGAUGUAUAAGGAAGAAUUCGAAGACGUUGAUAAGUUGGGCACAACCGACGUUGAAUCAGAUCGUUAUAGGAAGUUUCUGUGCAGACAGAACGCCUUGGAUUCUAGUUCAGUACCAGGGACGUUUCAAGAGGGAAACAAAAGUUUGUCUGGUGAUGGGAUAGAUGGAAAGGGUGAUGUGGUUUUGUCGCAGAACGAAAUGAAACUGUUAUCUUCAGUUAGGAAGAGAUUGUCCAGGCCGCUUUCUGAUAUAAAUGUGGACGACUUGGCUUUUAUAGAAUCGAUGAAAGAUAAGUACUUAAGGAACAAUAAUGAUGAAGCUCCAGAUCCAGCUGUAACCUCUGAACACCCGUUAGAAGAUAGUGGAGAAAAACCAAUAACCUCGUCAGAGGUUACUCCAAUUUACGGCCGUUUUUACUUAAGGUAUUUAACAGAAAAUUUCCUGAUUGAAGAAAGGAAACAAUCCUUUCGGCAAGAUCCUCACCUUAACCCUGGAAAGACAUCUACAGAAGAUUAUAUACUGAGACAUUCCACUGAAAACUUUCUGGAAGAAGAAAGAAACCACAGCGUAGAGUAUAGGAAACGCCAGUAUGGAUGUUGUGAAGGGCAAGACAGAGAUCCAUCACCCCAACAAGGAUCAAUCAGUAAUAUUUCGAAGAUUGUGUCAAGAGCCAUAACAACUUACGACGAUGGCUACCUUAAACGCAUAACAUCGAAUUUCUUGAUCGAAGAGAUCAACCAUAACACGUUUUUCGAGCUGUCACGAAAGAGAGAAUCAGAGGAGACUCAGGCAGGUUUUCCUUCUUCUGAACCGAGAUCCACAUCCAAAACAGAACGGUCGAUGGGUUCAGAGCCAUUGGAAUUCUCAGGAGAAAGAUCUUCCACCCCAGUUGGCACUUCAAGCGGCAGGGUUGGUGAUCUCGAUGGAGCUAAAGACUCAACAGAUGCUGCCCAUUCGGAAUAUACUUCGACAACAGUCGUGACCUUGAGGAACUGUGGAGAAGGUCGAUCAAACAGUUCGAAAUCCACCAGUUGGCUCUACUACCAACCGGUCUACGCAAACUCCCAGGAAUUGCACCCACCCACUCCGAACAAUCGACCGUCGAAACCAAGGAAACCAAAGCCGUUACCCAGGAAACCCUCCAAAGACUCCUGGUUUCGCUUAACCUCGUCCCCGAACACAGAUUCGCGCUCCUCUGUGUCCCGAACCGUUGACAACGUCACAGUUGUCCAAGUCGAAAAUGAACCGCAUGAAGAACCUUUGCCAAAUUUCAGUGAAGCCAUGGACGAGCCAUGCGACGUUAUAGAGACGAUUGCCAAGGUCGGCAAGAUCCAACGGGAGGGUUCGGAAGGGUCGAUCGCCAAGUUGGUGGACGCCAUCGCCUCGUCCAACGUGAUGGUGCGCAAAACCAAGAAGUUCAUCAAGGACGGGGAUCAGCUGGAGGAGUUCGACGAGGCCAGCGGCGUCUACAACGUCCGUAUCGACGAGGUGCUGGACAACGAUAAGUUCGAUACGAGGAGUCAGAUCAUACCGGAAGCCCUGAUAGAUUACGCCGAUAGCGAGUCCAAGAUAACGCUCUUCGACGUCGAUAACGACCUCAGCGACUUCCAGGAGGCCUGCAGCAGGCCCCAGACCAGCAGGCAGAGGUCUACGCCCUUCAGGUUGUCGUAUUACGGCGAGAGCAGCGACGAGGGUGUUGACGGUCUUAAGGAAACCGCCCCCAGGGCUUCCAAGGAGAACGUGACGCGUCUCAAGCAGAAAUUCGAAAACUUGGGAUCGGACAACGACGAGACCGAAAGGAACUCGGUGAUCAUGAGGGAGUUCAGGGAGGCGCAGAAGACCAACCUGUCCAGGCUGCUCAACGAGAAGGCGGCCUACGACCUGGUGUUCAAGACCGACAGCAAGCACUGGUUCGACAACGGUUCCGACGACAGGCCCGAGCAGACCUUCGAAACCAACGAGAAACCCCUCAACAUCACCAUCUUGGAUCCCGUCGAGUCCAAGACCAACGCCGACUAUCAGCAUCUGUUCGAGAACAGCGAAGCCUCGAAGGGGACCUCCAAGAAGCCCUUCGUCGGCAACGUAAAGCUGUCCGAGCUGAACCUGAAGACGAGCAUACCCUGCGUGGAUUUCACCACCUUGAACGCCGCGAUGGUCGAGAGGGGAUCCAACGCCUCCCUGUUCAAUUUUGGCCUAGUCAACGACGCCACGUCUUCUGACGCUUCCACGGCAUCUUGCGCGGCAGCCAAAGACGAGUGGUAGUGAGUUGUGACGUUUUGUUUUUAUAUAUUUUGUCUUUAUAUGGACAUCUUUAUGUAUUUCGUAUGUAAAUAGAUUUUAUUCGACUCGA